CAACGGACCAGGGACAGGAAGUGUACUGUGUCAAUAAGGGUCUCCACGCCCGGCGGCAGCAGGGUCACUCACGGCUGGGCAGGUUAAGUGGGUCUGAGCCUUUGAGUUUCAGGAGACCCUCAGAAGCGGCCAGAACGUCCAGACCGGCUUGUUCCGGUAACAGGUUAGACAGGUUGACCUUGGCCGCUCCUCUUUGCACUUUGCCGCCCCCGGUCGAGGCAGAUGAUGUCGUGGGCUGCUGCCAACCUGAGAGGGACAGCUGCCCGAUGCUUUCGUGCGCGAUGCCUCGGCUUCCGCGUGGGUCCUUGGUGUGCCUCCCCGCAGGAAAACCCCGGCUGCGGUCCGGCUCCACACAGGACCCUGCGUGUCAGCGCGGCGGCCUCCGCGGGACACAAUAAAUGGUCUAAAGUCCGGCACAUCAAGGGCCCCAAGGACUUGGAAAGGAGUCGAAUCUUCUCUAAACUCACUCUCAGUAUCCGCCUGGCGGUUAAAGAGGGAGGCCCCAACCCUGAGAACAACAGCAACCUGGCCAACAUCUUAGAGGUGUGUCGGAGCAAGCAUAUGCCCAAGUCAACUAUUGAGACGGCGCUGAAAACAGAGAAAAACAAGGGAGUUCAUUUGCUGUACGAGGGUCGAGGGCCUGGUGGCUCUUCUCUGCUCAUUGAGGCAUUAUCAAACAGUGGUCCCAAGUGCCAUUUGGACAUUAAAUAUAUCAUGAACAAGAAUGGGGGGAUGUUGGCUGAAGGAGCGCGUCACUUCUUUGACAAGAAAGGAGUGGUUGUGGUUGGAGUAGAGGACAGAGAGAAGAAGGCUGUGAACCUCGAGCGUGCCCUGGAACUGGCGAUCGAAGCAGGAGCCGAGGAUGUGAGAGAAGCUGAGGAUGAAGAAGAAAAGAACCUUUUUAAAUUUAUUUGUGAUGCCUCGUCACUGCAUCAAGUGAGGAAGAAACUGGACUCCCUGGGUCUGUGUUCUGUAUCCUGUUCCUUGGAGUUCAUCCCCAACUCAAAGGUGCAGCUGGCUGAACCUGACCUGGAGCAGGCUGUUCACCUCAUCCAGGCUCUCAACAACCAUGAGGACGUGGUCCAUGUUUAUGACAAUAUCGAAUAACCAGACUGUGCCUGUCUCCAGGCUCUUUCCUAGGUUUCAUGAGCUUGUGCAGCAAUCUUGGAGACUGAAACAGAUGGGCACCUAUCAGAGACCUGAUGCCAUGGCUCAUAGCCUUAAGAAAAAGGGACUUUUAGCUUUGUUGGUAUCACAGGGCCACCUGGGAUACAAGGUGAGACUAGCCAGAUGGUCUGACUCUGAUCCCAGGUGACUGGCCCUUGUCAAGAUUCUAAGUGUCUUGUACUAUAGAGUGGAAAUUGAUCAUCAAUAAUAACAGUAGUGAUUGAUUAUUCUUGGAUGUUGCAUUGAUGGUAUAACGCUUGAGUUGUCCCCAGUUUGUGUCCAGUUUUCAAACUUCUGGACUAAUGUUCAGGCCCACAUACUUGUCUCUCUAUUUUAACACUAAGAUUGUCUUUUUUCCCCCCUUUCUUUCCUUUUUACAGUAGAAAUGUGGCUGUUCUCUGUGGUUGAA